UUUGCAUCAUUCCCAAGCCAAAAUUUUGGUUUUGUUUCGUUGAUACAAUUAAUCCAAUGUCCGUUCUUGCUCUGUUCCUCGGCAGAUCGAAAUGGUGAGACAGCCCUUAUCCAAGAGAGCUAACAAAUACCUCAGAAAAUUCAGGAAAUGGCCACACUCUCCUUACAAGACCCCAUGGCACCACAACUUUGGUCAACAACAAGCCAUGCAAAAGCUCAAACAAGCAACCCUUGAAAUGGGGUUUUCCCAGGAACCCCAAACAGCUAACCUUCCCCACCCUUUUCUUCUCUCCACUCUCAUUGACUCAUUCAAAGCUUACAGCUGUGACCCAACUCCAAAAGCUUACUACUUUGUCAUAAAAACCUUAACCAACACCUCCCAGUUGCAGGACGUUCCUGCUCUCCUUGACCACCUUGAACACUUGGAGAAGUUUGAAACUCCAGAGUCUGUCCUUGUGUACCUUAUUAGGUUCUAUGGUCUUUCUGACAAGGUCCAAGAUGCUGUGGAUUUGUUUUUCAGGAUCCCCAGGUUCAGGUGCACACCAACUGUUUGCUCAUUGAAUUUGGUUCUCUCACUGCUUUGUAGGAAGAGAGAGUAUCUCAAAAUGGUUCCCGACAUCUUGCUGAAAAGCCAGCAUAUGAACAUUCGCAUUGAGGAAUCGACAUUUCGGGUUUUGAUCAAGGCCUUGUGUAGAAUUAAGAGGGUGGGUUAUGCCAUUAAGAUGCUGAAUUGUAUGAUAGAAGAUGGGUAUGGUUUGGAUGAGACAAUAUGUUCUUCGAUAAUAUCAUCAUUGUGUGAACAAGACGAUCUGACCAGUGGUGAGGCUUUGAUUGUUUGGAGGGAUAUGAGGAAAGUGGGAUUUUGUCCUGGUGUCAGGGAUUAUACAAACAUGAUUAGGUUCUUGGUGAAGGAAGGGAAGGGUAUGGAUGCUUUGGAUGUUCUGAACCAGCAGAAACAAGAUGGAAUUAAACCUGAUGUUGUUAAUUAUACUAUGGUCUUGAGUGGGCUUGUAGCAGAGGGGGAGUAUGUAAAGUUAGAUCAAUUAUUUGAUGAAAUACUUGUGUUUGGAGUCGUUCCUGAUGUUUAUACUUAUAACGUGUAUAUAAAUGGUUUGUGUAAGCAGAAUAACAUAGAUGAGGCCUUUAAGAUUGUUGCUUCUAUGGAAGAGUUAGAAUGCAAACCAAAUGUGGUUACUUGCAAUACUUUAUUGGGUGCUUUGUGUUUAGCAGGGGAUUUACGUAAGGCAAGGGAGGUAAUGAAGGAAAUGGGGUGGAAGGGUGUUGGGCUCAACUUGCAUUCAUACAGAAUCAUGCUUGAUGGUUUGGUUGGGAAAGGUGAGAUUGGUGAAGCGUGCUUUUUGUUGGAGGAAAUGUUGGAGAAGUGUUUGUUUCCUAGAUCUUCAUCCUUUGAUAAUAUCAUCUUUCAGAUGUGCCAAAAAGGCUUGAUUUCUGAAGCAAUAGAAUUGACCAAGAAAAUUGUUGCGAAAAGCUUUGUUCCUGGGGCCAGGACUUGGGAAGCACUGCUUCUUAAAUCAGGAUUCAAACAAGGGUUUUCAGAAACCACAGUUUUUGGUUUGUUGGGCCAAAAUUAAUUUUGGUUGUCAAACUGGCUCAGGUAACAGAACGUUUAUUGAAAAGACUCGCAUCUUGAAAGACGAGCUAAACCAUAUAAGCAGUUAACAAACUGUAUACAUAAUGAAGUCAUCAAUCGGCAUAUGGAGAACAAACCUUUAAUGAUCCUUCAAACAAGUUGAUGAAGAUUCCUUGAUGAAGAUGAUGAAGGCGAGAAGCAUGAAGAAUAGGAGAUUGAGUGGCUUGAUGAAUGGGUAAGUGAUGCAUCCUAGAAGGAGGUUAAGCCAACCUUGAAGGAAAAAGUA